AUGAUGCUCGUCAAAUUCCUAAGGGGGCUAACCGUAUUUAGCCUUAUUUGCUGGAUCCAGAGGAUACACGCCCUGCAGAACGAAUGCGAUUUUAACUUCAACGUCAUGUUGUUAUCAAAUAUAUAUGACAAGUACAAUGGGAAGCACAUAGAAGAAGUUGAGGGUAACAGAGAUUAUUGUAGCAAUUUGGAGAGUUUAAAUUCGCUAAAAUCCUUUUGGCAAUUAAAAUUAAAAUCGCUAUGCACAGAAGAAACAUCCAUUUUAGAUAAACAAGUCUUUAACAACAUUUGCAGUAAAACGUACAAAGUACCUCAUGUAACAGUGAGCGGAUUACAAGUAGGAAAGGAUAUUGUUAAUAUCGAAUUUUUCUGCGCGCAUUUCUUGUAUAGUAACAACAAGGAGGUUAUAAAAUGUGUACGACAUAAUGUUUUGAACAAUUACCUAGAUUCUUACCACAUAGCGUUUGAUUUAUCCGUUUCACAAGAAUUGUUAAAGCAGUCGAACCAUGUAGAUGAAGUUUUAAAUUUGAAAAACAUAGAUGGAUUGGCUCUCACCAAAAGGAUAAUAGAUGAUUCCGUAUGUAGGAUUCAUUCUAGUGUCCAUACCAUUAUGAAUAAGCAUGAUUUUGAUUUAUUCAAAGCAUUAGCAGGUUUAUGUACAAAGUUGGGUUUCCACCAUCAUUUUAUCAUAACAGAUAAUAUUCAUCCGCUAACAACACCUUUAUUUAAUGAAAUACCCUACAGUUUAAAUUCUCUUAAUUUUAAUAUACAAAAUAGUACAAUGUACUACACAAACUAUGAAUACUUCGUAUAUAAUGUUAAGCUAGCCGAUAUAGAUCACAUCCUCGGUUCGUAUAUGUCUCCAUCAGCCUUGGCGAUAAGCAAGAAUAACUCCUACGUAACGUGGUUAGGAAUUAACAAGGAAAAUACUUUGUACAAGAAAAAAUUUGAUGAAUUAUAUAACCUGCUAGACACCAAUAAAUAUAUGGAAAGGAUUGUUCAGUGUUAUAGUAAAUAUACAUCCAAGUAUUAUGGAAGUAGUAUAAAAUAUUUUUUACGAUAUAUUCCAGAGAAUAAAAGAGAUCUGAUGCAAAAUAAUCCGAAAAUUUUUAUAUAUAUUAUUAAUGGCAUAUGUAAAAAUAUCCCAUCUAUUCACAAAUGUGUUGAGAAAAUCAUUUUCCUUGAUGGAAUAUACGAUUUGUAUUUUAAAAAUUUCAUGGUCAAUUUUAUAUACUACAAUGCGGCCUGUAUUUUUAAUUGCAAUUUGCCAGACUUAGGAAAAGUUAUCAAUGAUGAGCAGGUGUGGGAUAUCCUUGUAAACUAUUUUUCAAAUGCAUUUUUGGUGAAUUAUAAAAAGACCAAAACUCCUAGCAUAGGGGGUAAUAAUGUAAACAAGUCUGUUGAUAAGACGGACGAAAAUACAUCACCAGAAACGUACAAGGAAAUGGCAAAGUUAUACUAUACCAAUUUUGAUUAUGAUUAUAUUCAUAGCGGUAAAUGGAAAAAGGAAAUAAAUUUGGAGGAUGAAGAAGCUAUCUUGAAGCCUUCAGAUGAAGUCGUUGAAUUCGAAUUCUACAAUUACACCUUCCAGACACUGGACCUGAGCACUUACGGCUUCUUCAUUUUGAAGAGCCAAAUGGAGGAGGACAAUGUGUGCAAAAUUUCGUCCUUCAUUGAGGCCAACGGGAAGAAGUACGUCCACGUAAAUAGGUACAUUGCCGAUUUUUUCAGUAAGAACAACAAGCGAGUUCUUUCCCAUUCGGGGGGCAAGAAGGGUUCCUCCGUAGGUGGCCAUAAUCAUGGUCACAGCAAUGGUGGGGGCGAGCACAACGGUGGGGAUGAACACGACGGUGGAGAUGAGCACGGAGGGGGCGAUGAAGGAGACGACCAUGACGACCAUGAUGAACAUGACGACCAUGAUGAACAUGAUGAACACGAUGAACACGAUGGACAUGAUGAACACGAUGAACAUGAUGAACACGAUGAACAUGAUGAACACGGCGAAGAAGGAAACGGAGGAGACGAUCACGUGAACACCUUUAACAUGUUUGACGACUUCCUUGGAGAAGACAAAGAAAGCAACAGUUUCAUGGAUCUGUUCCAAAACAAUCCAUUGUUUAAUAAAAACCAUAAUUUGUUUGACAAUUUCUACCACGGAGAAGACGAAGAGGAAGAAGGCGAGUUGUAUGACCAUAAGGAGAGAGAGCCGUUAGACAUUGAAAAGCACAAGGUCUCCACCCCCAUAGGAGAUGUGUACCCGCUAAAAACAGAGUACACCCUGAAAGAGCUACAAAACAUGUAUGAGAUUCACCCAGGAUUCAGCGAACUAGAUGAAGAAAUCAGAUACCAUUUUUUUAGAAGCCAAAUAUUCGAAAAGGAAGUUUCCUUUAUAGUAAAAGACGUGCCAACAAAGAUUGAAAAUUAUUAUAAAUAUUAUUAUGAAAUUAAGAAGAGUUUAAAAACGUUCGACAAAUAUGAUGAGGAGCAUUAUAAGAUGCUAAUGAAUAAGUCGAAAGAAGAUCCAGAUGUUUUUUCAAAAAUAGACAUUGAAUUUUCGUGCACGAGGAUGGGAAAAUGGCCAAUUCGUGGAGCCAAUGGUAGAUGGUUAUCAGAUGUUUUAUGCGAAACCAAGUUGGUUCCUCAGCUGGUAUACAAUAACGAAUAUGCAGAAAAGCAGGGCCAAAAUAAAAAGAAAAAAAGCGGAAUUGAUCCCAAUUUGUAUACUUUAAAAGAAAACACAAGAUUAAUUGGCAUCGAAUUUGAAGACCAAGAACCGUACAGAUGUGCCAUUAGUUACCUCGGAGAUGAAGGCAAAAGGACACAUUUACCAGUAUCAGCAACUUUAUUGGUGCACUUAGCUAUUGGUUUCUGUACAUUACACGGUUUUAAAAUCGUUUGGCUAGCUGAUUCUGCCUUUGAUAUACACACCAACGUGUAUCUAAGAUAUACCUCCAUCCUAGAACAAGGAAAGACUUACUACGAACAGAGCAAUUUUGAAGUUUAUGGACAAACAAGACUUAUAGCACAAUUAGAAUAUAUCGCCUCUGGAAUGAGUGUAGAAAAUAAUCUUAUUACAUCUGGUAGCUUUAAAAACAGGUACAACUUGAUUAGUUACCCAGGGACAGACUUACCAUUCCUCCUCCUCAUGUCAAAGAAAGUUAAAGAAACUAUUUACAAUUUAAAAUUUGAUUGCCAUAGUUGGGCAUACAAUGGAUGUUCGGAAUAUUAUCCCUUAAUGAAGAAAAAUAAAAAAGUUGCUACAGAUGAAAAUUACAAUACAAUUACGCUGAAUGGAACAUAUUCCAAAAAGGAGUUAGAACAAAUGUAUGAAUGUUCGUUUAUGCAUGACAAAACCUUCCAGGAAUUGAAUAGGAUGUUCCCUAAAGAAUGUACCUUCGGGUCGAGGAUAGGUGAUUGCCAUAAGAAAGUUAGAAAACAUAUUCCUUGCUACAAUGAGGAAUCAUGUAAAUAUUUAAUUUAUAUUUAUGAAAAUUUUUACAAGCCACAGAACCAUGUAAAUUUACUUAAUGAACAUUUUAUAAAGGUAUCCGAAAAUUUAACCAAAAUAUCCAGACCCUAUUACUUACAGUCCAUUUUAGCAUUAGAACAUGAUAUACAAAUUAAAAAGAGCAAAAAAAGGAAUACACAGUAUGAAGACAUUGUAUUGUUCAUUUUGAAGAACUCUAUAUUUUACGUUUCUUGGGUUACGUCCAGUGAGUACUGGAAGAGGGCUGUGUAUGUGCAAGACGUGAAUACUUCGUUCGCGACCAUUAACCAAGUGGAGGACUACAAAAAUAAGGAGAUGUUUUGUCCAGUUGCCUACGGGCAUGAGUUCAUAGGGCACAUGCUCGUGCAGUACAUGAAGUAUCCUAACGAUUUAUGA